AUGGCGCCCACGCUCCUUUCCGGCUUCCUUGGGCUCCUCCCUCUGCUCUCGGCGGGCUGUCCUCAAGCCGCCCUCCACAAGCGCGACACGGUGGUCGCGAGGGCCAAAAUUCGGGUAUCUCUCGAUACACUGGGAAGCUCUUUUGGGAAAUGCCCAACCAUCAGCGACGCGGCUGGCGGCGGCACCCGGAGCCAUGACUGGUGGCCCUGCCAGCUGAAGCUCGAUGUGCUUCGCCAGUUUGCGCCCCAGCAAAAGCCCUUUGGGGAGACUUCGAUUAUUCUGCCGCCUUUGCCACCCUUGAUUGGACUCAAGGCGGACCUCAAGGCGGACCUCAAGGCACUGAUGACCCAGUCCCAGCCUCGGUGGCCGGUCGACUUUGGUCACUACGGUGGUUUGUUCAUCCGCUUGACAUGGCACAGUGCCGGUACUUACCGCGCCAUGGAUGGACGUGGUGGCGGCGGCAUGGUGCAGUUCUUCCUCCUCCAUGCUCGCCGACCAGGGCUCCUCGGCCGCAGCAGCCAAGCACAUGCUUCCCACGAAUAG